UGGGCGCCAUGGUUGCCUCUGCUAUCCGGAUGCGCACCCCCAGCGCCAUGUUCCUGUCCAAAGGCGCCCUCUCCCUGAGGAGGCCGCAGACUGUUCACAGAUUCAAGGAUGUUGCUCAAUCUCAAUUGCCUUCCCUUUCCGCCCUUUCCCGUUUUUACGCCUCUAAGUCCUUCCCUCCUCACACCAUCAUCAGCAUGCCGGCUCUGUCGCCGACCAUGAACGCCGGAAACAUUGGAGCCUGGCAAAAGCAGGCCGGUGAUGCCCUGCAACCCGGUGAUGUUCUGGUUGAGAUUGAGACCGAUAAGGCCCAGAUGGACUUUGAGUUCCAGGAGGAGGGUGUUCUGGCCAAGGUUCUCAAGGAGACUGGCGAGAAGGAUGUCUCCGUCGGCUCCCCUAUCGCCGUCUUGGUUGAGGAGGGUGUCGACGUUGCCGCUUUUGAGGCCUUCAGCCUGGCUGAUGCUGGCGGUGAGAAGGCUGCCCCUGCCGCUGAGGAGAAGCAGGAAUCUAAGGGAGCUGCUGAUGCUGCUGCCCCGGCCACUUCCGAGCCUGCUCCUGCUGCUGUGGAGCCUGAGACUUCGGGUGAGAAGCUCCAGCCCAGUCUGGACCGUGAGCCUCUUAUCAACCCUGCUGCUAAGGCUCUGGCUUUGGAGAAGGGUGUGUCAAUCAAGGGUCUUAAGGGUACCGGACGUGGUGGCCAGAUCACCAAGGAGGACGUCGAGAAGUACAAGCCCGCUGCUACUGCCGCGGCUGCUGCCCCGACCUACGAGGACAUCCCUCUUACUUCCAUGCGCAAGACCAUUGCUAGCCGCCUUCAGCAGUCCACGAGGGAGAACCCCCACUUCUACGUCUCCACCACCUUGUCUGUGACCAAGCUCCUCAAGCUUCGUCAGGCUCUCAACGCUUCCUCCGAGGGCAAGUACAAGCUUUCCGUCAACGACUUCCUCGUCAAGGCCUGCGCCGCGGCCCUCAUGAAGGUCCCUGCCGUCAACUCCAGCUGGCACGAGGAGAACGGUCAGACCGUGAUCCGUCAGCACAACACUGUCGACAUUAGCGUCGCCGUCUCCACCCCCAAUGGCCUCAUCACCCCCAUUGUCAAGGGCGUUGAGGGCCGUGGUCUGUCCAGCAUCUCCAACCAGAUCAAGGAUCUGGGUAAGCGCGCUCGCGACAACAAGCUCAAGCCCGAGGAGUACCAGGGUGGCACUUUCACCAUCAGCAACAUGGGCAUGAACCCUGCUGUUGAGCGCUUUGCUGCCGUCAUCAACCCCCCUCAGGCCGGUAUCCUGGCUGUUGGCACCAUCCGCAAGGUCGCCGUCCCCGUUGAGACUGAGGAGGGUACCUCCGUCGAGUGGGAUGACCAGAUCAUCGUUACUGGCAGCUUCGACCACCGUGUCGUUGAUGGUAUUGUUGGUGCUGAGUGGAUCAAGGAGCUGAAGAAGGUUGUCGACAGCCCCCUGGAGCUUCUUCUCCGUGCUCCUGACGUUGGUGGAGUGUACCGAGACGAGUCCGAGAGCACCGCUUCCCUCGUUGACGUUGAUUCGCCGCAUGUCCAGGCCGUGGAUUCCGAGUUCCUAAAGCAGGAGGUCCAGACCACCACACAGGCUGAGCGGAUAGAGCGCGAAGAACAAGAGCAGGAGUCCUACGAAGAACGGAAAGCAAAGGCUAAGGCCAAAGCCAAAGCCAAGGCGAAGGCUGAGUCGGUCCGUAGCAACGCGCACAACCCUGUUUACAUUGCAAAUGCUCUGAUUCUGGGCCUGGCCGGCGCGGGCUUGGGAUAUGGGGCAUACAGAAAGCACGCUGCUGGGCAGCUGUCAUGGGAACUGGUUGGAUGGUGCUCUGGCGCCGUUGGAGCCUUUGGUGCCGUCGACUACUUUGUUAGCAAAAACCGUCAAAUCGCCGCAUCGCUCGCAUCGCUAUCGCGGACCAUCGACGACUACUCUGCACUGUCCAAGAAAGAGCUGAUUCCGGAGAAACAAGAGAAGGCGUUUGAGCGAGUCAAGAAUUUCCGGACCGAGCUUGCAGAUUACCGGGUACAUUUUGAUCAAUUACGGAAAGAAAGAGAGGAUGCUCAAUCCGUCACCAAUCGCAAUGAGCUCCUCGGUCGACGCCCGCAUCACACAGCUACUCCCGAGAACCCGUACGCCCAAUCGUCCCUCCCGCAGUCGUCUGCCUUUGGCAAUCCUUCGUCACGAUCGGGACUCAGCUUUGGAGCUUCGCCGGCCGACUACACUCGGGAAACGCAUGCGCUUCGCGAACAGAGCUUCCUAGCGAGUACCAACACCCAGCUAGAUGAAUUCCUGGACCGGGGACGUGCCGUGCUUGCGGAUUUGGGUCAACAGCGCGAGGUGCUUAAGGGCACGCAGCGUCGACUCUACAGCGUCGCGAACACGCUGGGUGUAAGCGGGGAGACAAUUCGCAAGGUCGAGCGUCGGGCCAAGCAGGACAAAUGGAUCUUCUUGGGGGGAGUGAUAGUGUUCUUCUUGUUCUGUUGGGCGGUGUUGCACUACCUGCGAUGAUGGAGGUGUAUGUUUUGUUUGCUAGGCUUAUUGUGUUUGGUGCUUGGGUUGUCUUACAAGCGCAGGCGUUCGGAGCGCAUUGGCAGAUAUCUUCUUGCUCACUAAGUAAAUAUGUAUGUAUGGGUGUGGUGGUGGCUAUUAUUUAGUUCC